CAAGUUGUGGCGUAUAUCUCAUCUUUUCCACAUUCAGUUUCCAGAUUUUCACGGUAAACAAACAGCCAAUAAGCCCCACACCAACUUAUUAAAUUUAUCGACUUCCUUUUUCUCUCCAUCUCCGUUCAUCAGCUAACCGGAAAGGUUCUUUUUUUUUAAAAAAAUCCCAUUUCUAUUAACACUUUGAUUGACUUAGCCACAAAGUCUACACCAGUUUUCAUGCAAUAAUAUAUAUAUUCUGGGUUGAUAUUUUCUAUCAUUUGCAGUUUUUUGUUCAGUCUUUUGAGCGGGAAGCGAAAAGAUAGAAUUAAUGCUGGCUGUGUCGCCUUUGAGGAACACAAGCAAAGAUGAAAGCAAAGGAGAGACGGAGAGUUUUACUUUCAGUUCCGAAGAGUUCCCGAAUUUCGCUGGAGGGAACUUACACGAGAGUAUCGAUUUUGAAGAUCUUUUGCUAGGCAUCGACGUCGAAGGCGACGUGUUGCCGGAUUUGGAGAUGGAUCCCGAAUUGCUUGCCGAAUUCCCUGCCACUAGCAGUGGCGAGGAAUUGGAGAUGAACAUGAUGAGAAAAACUGAUGAAGACGAUAAUCGAAAGAAAGAAGAAGAAAAUAAAGUUUCGAGUUCGAAGAACGAGAAUCUUAACAAAAGGGAGAACCCUAAAGUAGUUAAAGCACCUUCCAAAGAUGGUUAUAAGGGAAGAAAAUCAUCAUCAAAAGCAAAGAAUAACAACAACAAUCAAGGCACUCGAAAAGUGAAGGUGGAUUGGACGCCGGAGCUUCACCGGAGAUUCGUGCAAGCGGUGGAGCAGCUCGGGGUCAAUAAGGCGGUGCCGUCGAGAAUUUUAGAGAUUAUGGGGAUCGACUGUCUCACUCGCCAUAACAUCGCCAGCCAUCUCCAAAAAUAUAGAUCUCAUCGGAAACAUUUACUAGCUCGUGAGGCGGAGGCCGCAAUUUGGAUCCACAGGAGGCAAGUCUACGGCGAAGCUACGCCGGCAAGUGGAGGAGCCAAGCAAGAUAUGAACCUUUGCCUUCCACCUACGAUGGGAUUUCCGCCCGUGCACCACCAAAACCACCAUUUUAGGCCUUUGCAUGUAUGGGGUCAUCCAACCAUGGAUCGAUCAUUAAUCCACUUAUGGCCAAAACAUCUAGCGCCACACGUAACGUCCCCUCCACCGCCGCCACAGCCUACUUGGGGCCCUCCGCCUCCGGCAGAGCCCGGAUUUUGGCAGCACGGCCGUGUUCCAAAUGGACAAGCCCUGGGAACACCUUGCUAUGCACCGCCACUGACGGCGGCGCCAACGAGAUAUGGUGCAGUACCAGUUCCGGGCAUUCCUCCCCACCAUGCAAUAUACAAAGCAGACACCGGCAUCGGCGCCCCCGACGUACAAUUAGGUCGCCACCCUCGCCUCGACUUUCAUCCGACGAAAGAGAGCAUCGAUGCAGCCAUCGGAGACGUUUUAUCGAAACCGUCACUGCCGCUUCCGAUCGGGUUAAAACCGCCCUCGACCGACGGUGUUUUGGCUGAGCUACAGCGUCAAGGAGUCCACAAGAUACCGCCCUCUUGUGCUUGACCAGCUUACUACUCCGCCGAUGACUAAAACCCUAAAAUCCGACGACAUCACACGUUAAAUUAAUGUAAAAAAUCUAAUCCUUCGUUUCUUUUUCCGGCUGAAGUUGCGGUGCAACUUGGUUGUUGUUUUGUUCCCUUGCGAGGACAUCUCUAUUAAUUAAGGUU